AGACCGGGCGGAAGCGGCCGGAAGCUGCGCUGCGGUUGGCCGCGACGGGAUGGAGCAGCUAGGGGUGGAGCCCGAGGAGGAAGCGGGCCGAGACGAGGAAGAGGACGCGGCUCAGGCCAUGGAGCGGGCGGAGGCGGGGGAGGCAGGCGGCUCGCCCGGUGCGCCCGGGCCUGAGGAGCCCGGCGGCCUCACUUGGUUGGUGCCAGAAGGAAGUUCUUCAUCCAGAGUCAUAGUACAUGUGGAUCUGGAUUGCUUUUACGCACAAGUAGAAAUGAUUUCAAAUCCAGAACUGAAGGGCAAACCUUUAGGAGUUCAGCAGAAAUAUUUGGUGGUUACCUGCAACUAUGAAGCUAGGAAACUUGGAGUUAAGAAACUUAUGAAUGUCAGAGAUGCAAAAGAAAAAUGUCCACAGCUGGUAUUAGUUAAUGGAGAAGACUUGACUCGGUACAGAGAGAUGUCAUAUAAAGUUACAGAGUUGUUGGAAGAAUUUAGUCCAGUUGUUGAGAGACUCGGAUUUGAUGAAAAUUUUGUGGAUCUAACAGAAAUGGUUGAAAAGAGACUACAGCAGCUUCAAAGUGAUGAACUUUCAGCACUGACUGUGUCGGGUCAUGUAUAUAAUAAUCAGUGUAUAAACCUGCAUGACAUCAUGCACAUCAGACUGCUUGUUGGAUCUCAGAUUGCAGCAGAGAUGCGGGAAGCCAUGUGUAAUCAACUGGGUCUCACUGGCUGUGCUGGUGUGGCUUCUAAUAAGUUACUAGCAAAAUUAGUUUCUGGUGUUUUUAAACCAAAUCAACAAACAGUGUUACUACCUCAGAGUUCUCAAGUUCUUAUUCAGAGUUUGAGUCAUGUAAAGGAAAUGCCUGGUAUUGGUUAUAAAACUGCCAAACGUCUUGAAGCGCUGGGUAUCAGUAGUGUGCAUGAUCUUCAAACCUUUUCACCCAAAAUACUACAAAAGGAGUUAGGAAUUUCAGUUGCUCAGCGUAUCCAGAAGCUCAGUUUUGGAGAGGAUACUUCUCCUGUGAUGCCGUCAGGACCACCUCAGUCCUUUAGUGAAGAAGAUUCAUUUAAAAAAUGUUCAUCAGAAGUCGAAGCUAAAAAUAAGAUUGAAGAACUACUUGCCAGUCUUUUGAACAGAGUAUGCCAAGAUGGAAGGAAGCCACAUACAAUCAGAUUAACAAUCCGUCGGUAUUCAUCUGAGAAUCAUUGUAGCCGUGAGAGUCGUCAGUGCCCUAUUCCAUCGCAUGUAAUUCAGAAGUUAGGGACAGGAAAUUGCGAUGUGAUGACCCCAAUGGUUGAUAUACUUAUGAAACUUUUUCGAAAUAUGGUGAAUGUGAAGAUGCCAUUUCAUCUUACCCUUUUAAGUGUGUGCCUCUGCAACCUUAAAGUAUUAAAUACUGCUAAGAAAGGGACUAUUGAUUAUUAUUUAACACCAUCGUUAUCAACAACUUCACGGUCUGGCAAGCGCAGUUUUAAAAUGAAAGAUAGUCAUAUGGAGGAUUUUUCCAAAGAAAAAGAAACAAAUUGGAAUUUUCUACCAUCCGGAAGAAUUGAAAGUACAAGAACUGGGGAGGCUCCACUAGAUCCUAAUUUUUCCAAAGAAAAAGACAGUGAUGAAUCCCCACUCUGCUCACUUCCCGAAGGUAUUGACCAAGAAGUCUUUAAGCAGCUUCCAGUAGAUAUUCAAGAAGAAAUCCGUUCUGGAAAAUCUGGAGAAAAAGUUCAAGGCAAAGGAAGCUUAAGUUGUCCAUUACAUGCCUCUAGAGGAGUAUUAUCUUUCUUUUCUACCAAACAAAUGCAAAGUAGUCCCUUAAAUCCUACAGAUCAUUUAUCCAGUAGUAAACAGAUACCUGUAUCUCCCUGUGAACCAGGAACAUCAGGUUUAAAUAGCGGUAGUUCCUCUUCUCCAUGUAGCCAAAAGGAUUAUUCACAUUAUAUAGACAGUAGAUUAAAAGAUGAACGAAUGAGUCAAGGACCUAAAGAAUCUCAAGGAUUUCAUUUUUCAAAUACAAACCCUGCUGUAUCUAUUUUCCAUUCAUUUCCCAAUUUGCAGAGUGAGCAACUAUUCUCCAAAAACCGCACUACAGAUAGCCAUAAGGAAUCAGUAGUGACAGUUUCUCAUCAUGAGAGACUUACAGAAAAUAAAGAGCAAGAUUCUAGUGAUGAGAAAAUUACCUUUCCUUCUGACAUUGAUCCUGAAGUUUUCUAUGAACUACCAGAAGAGGUACAAAAAGAGCUGUUAGCAGACUGGAAGAGAGCAGCAUCAGAUUUCCCCUUUGUACAUAAAUAAGCAUGUUCAGAAAAAAGGUCUAGAAAGCAAAGGAAAGGCCAUUGUUCUCAGAUUUAGUAGUUUAUUAAGCUCCUCUAAGUUAAACACUAAUAGAUAUUCAAUAAUGUAGAAAUCCAAUAUAUAAUGUUCUAGAUAAAAGCAAGUGUAGUUAUGGGAAGUAAAUUCUGGCACAAAGCAUAAAAAUACUCAUACCAAGAAAUAAUGUAAAAUUAUCCUCUUAUUUCUAAAGUUAUUUUAUAUUGCUUUUCAAUAAAAAGAAUAUCAUGGUUA